AUGGACGGAGCGCGGAGCCUCCCCCGGCUGCUGCCGCUGCUGGCCCUGGCCCUGCCCGCGGUUCUGGGGGUCGAAGAGACUCCCGGGGUGACCCCGAGCGCCGGCAAGCCGAGGCACGGGGAGAGGGGAGGGAAAUCUCUCCAAGUCCUUCCCCCGCGCCGCGGCGAUCCGCGGGACGGGCUCAGCGAGCCGGGCUCCGGCAGCGCGGAUCCUCCCGCGGGGACGGAGCUGGGGCAGCGCUCCGAGCUCUCCCCGCGCUCCCGCGGCGCGGAUCCUCCCGCGGGGACGGAGCUGGGGCAGCGCUCCGAGCUCUCCCCGCGCUCCCGCGGCGCGGAUCCUCCCGCGGGGACGGAGCUGGGGCAGCGCUCCGAGCUCUCCCCGCGCUCCCGCGGCGCGGAUCCUCCCGCGGGGACGGAGCUGGGGCAGCGCUCCGAGCUCUCCCCGCGCUCCCGCGGCGCGGAUCCUCCCGCGGGGACGGAGCUGGGGCAGCGCUCCGAGCUCUCCCCGCGCUCCCGCGGCGCGGAUCCUCCCGCGGGGACGGAGCUGGGGCAGCGCUCCGAGCUCUCCCCGCGCUCCCGCGGCGCGGAUCCUCCCGCGGGGACGGAGCUGGGGCAGCGCUCCGAGCUCUCCCCGCGCUCCCGCGGCGCGGAUCCUCCCGCGGGGACGGAGCUGGGGCAGCGCUCCGAGCUCUCCCCGCGCUCCCGCGGCGCGGAUCCUCCCGCGGGGACGGAGCUGGGGCAGCGCUCCGAGCUCUCCCCGCGCUCCCGCGGCGCGGAUCCUCCCGCGGGGACGGAGCUGGGGCAGCGCUCCGAGCUCUCCCCGCGCUCCCGCGGCGCGGAUCCUCCCGCGGGGACGGAGCUGGGGCAGCGCUCCGAGCUCUCCCCGCGCUCCCGCGGCGCGGAUCCUCCCGCGGGGACGGAGCUGGGGCAGCGCUCCGAGCUCUCCCCGCGCUCCCGCGGCGCGGAUCCUCCCGCGGGGACGGAGCUGGGGCAGCGCUCCGAGCUCUCCCCGCGCUCCCGCGGCGCGGAUCCUCCCGCGGGGACGGAGCUGGGGCAGCGCUCCGAGCUCUCCCCGCGCUCCCGCGGCGCGGAUCCUCCCGCGGGGACGGAGCUGGGGCAGCGCUCCGAGCUCUCCCCGCGCUCCCGCGGCGCGGAUCCUCCCGCGGGGACGGAGCUGGGGCAGCGCUCCGAGCUCUCCCCGCGCUCCCGCGGCGCGGAUCCUCCCGCGGGGACGGAGCUGGGGCAGCGCUCCGAGCUCUCCCCGCGCUCCCGCGGCGCGGAUCCUCCCGCGGGGACGGAGCUGGGGCAGCGCUCCGAGCUCUCCCCGGGCUCCCGCGGCGCGGAUCGUCCCGCGGGGACGGAGCUGGGGCAGCGCUCCGAGCUCUCCCCGCGCUCCCCGCGCUCCCGGGGCCGUUCCCCUCCCAGGCGCGCCCCGUCGCGCCCUCGCUCGGGCGCCGCUUCUGCCGGAUCG